AUGGAUGAGCAACAAAUAAUUCUUGAAAUAGAAACCGUCAUUGCUGGAAACCAGAAAAAACCAUUUGACUUUGAAACCAUACUAAUCCAUGCGAGCAAAGAUCGCAAAGAUCGCUUGCAACAGAAGAUGACUUUAAACCAAUCGAAAUGGUCAGCGACGUGGAACGUAACAAAAAAUUUCGUUUUUCAGCAGUUAGUAACGCAAACUCGUUGCAAUUCCUGCGGAAGAGAAAGCCCACGUCUACUUUGUUUUGAUAUUUUCAUUGAUUUUACCCCAGAUUCUGUGAUUUCUGUGAAAAAAGGAUCAAGGCACGUUCUUGAUCACUUGUUAAAUUUGUGGAAUACCAAAACUUUGUCUGAUGUCACUUUCAAUUGCAAGAACAAAAACAUUAAAGCUCACACUCUAAUCCUCGCUUCCGGGAGUCCCGUAUUAGCAGCAAUGUUUCAGCACAAUUUUAGAGAAAACCAAGAAAAAGUAGUCGAAAUCAAAGAUAUCAACCCCGAGGUUUUCGAAGAGCUUCUUUGUUACAUUUACAAUGGAAAUUUCAACAGCGGAAGAAACGUGGAUGCUGCUGAAUUGUUGGUUGCAGCAGACAAAUAUGCGGUUGAGGCAUUAAAGGAAGAGUGCGCUCUUGUUUUAUCCCGGGAGUUGAAGGUAGAAAACGCGGCACAGUAUCUGGUGCUGGCACAUCUUCAUGAUUCACCAAAACUUCACGAAGCAUCAUUAGAUUUCAUCUCUAAGAACGCAAAAGCUAUCUGUUCAAGCAAGGAUUGGAUGGAAAUAACCAAGAACUAUCCAGAACUUUGCUUCCAGGCCACGCAGCUUAUCCUUGGCCUUCUAUAG